GAGAGUGCGCGCGGCGGAGCGCCGAGACACAAAACGAUCCGUCACACCGACACACCGCUGCUUCAACAGGACUCUUACUUACUUACUAUCCUUUUUUUAUUACUAUUAUCAUUGUCGGCUAUACCAUGGACUUACCGUGUAGCGCUAACUAUCCGGACUGUGUCUCCCCCUGACCUGAGCGGUGCUCCGUCCCCGGUUCUGACCCAGUUCUCCAUCCGCAGGAGGGAAAAGUUCAGCUGCUGGGACUUUGGGUUAGCAGGUAACCGGCAUCCCGCGGGCGCGUGCGCUGCAAAGGCAUCUGUUAGCAGAGCGAGGUGGACGUAAAGGCUGAGGAACAAUGUCAGACAAGAUGUCUAGUUUCCUCCAUAUUGGGGACAUCUGCUCCCUGUAUGCAGAGGGCUCCACCAAUGGUUUCAUCAGCACCCUGGGCCUAGUGGAUGACCGAUGUGUUGUUCAACCAGAAGCCGGAGACCUUAACAGCCCGCCUAAGAAGUUCCGCGACUGUCUCUUCAAGCUGUGUCCUAUGAAUAGAUACUCAGCACAGAAACAGUUCUGGAAAGCAGCAAAACCUGGUGGCAACAGCACUACAGACACAGUACUUCUCAACAAACUCCAUCAUGCAGCAGAUCUGGAGAAGAAGCAGAAUGAAUCUGAGAACAGGAAGUUGCUGGGGUCGGUGAUUCAGUACGGCAACGUCAUUCAGUUGCUGCAUCUGAAAAGCAAUAAGUACUUGACAGUAAAUAAGCGCUUACCUGCCCUGUUGGAGAAAAACGCCAUGCGUGUCACUCUGGACUCAGCUGGAAACGAGGGCUCCUGGUUCUACAUCCAGCCUUUCUACAAACUCCGAUCUAUAGGAGACAGUGUUGUGAUCGGAGACAAAGUGGUAUUGAACCCUGUAAAUGCUGGACAGCCUCUCCAUGCCAGCAGCCAUCAGCUGGUGGACAAUCCCGGGUGCAAUGAGGUGAAUUCAGUAAACUGCAACACUAGCUGGAAAAUAGUUUUGUUUAUGAAAUGGAGUGAUAACAAGGAGGUCAUUCUGAAAGGGGGGGAUGUAGUGCGACUCUUUCAUGCCGAACAGGAGAAGUUCCUAACGUGUGAUGACUACAGGAAGAAGCACUACGUCUUUCUGAGAACCACCGGACGCCAGUCUGCCACCUCGGCCACCAGCAGCAAGGCACUGUGGGAAGUGGAGGUGGUUCAGCAUGACCCAUGUCGAGGUGGUGCUGGUUACUGGAACAGCCUGUUCAGGUUUAAGCACUUAGCCACAGGACAUUACCUGGCUGCAGAGGCGAGCACUGAGGUGAAUCCCGAUUAUGAGGAAGAGUCUCAAGAGUCUCGUUCCUCAGCGGGUGAUUUUAUUCCCUUUAACUUCCAGCUGGACUUGGAGCACGAGGCGUUACGAGGUCGUCUGCGCACGCCCAACGAGAAGGUCAUGUACACCCUAAUUUCUGUCCCUGACGGCAAUGACAUCUCCUCCAUAUUUGAGCUGGACCCUACCACUCUUAGAGGAGGGGACUCCCAGGUGCCCAGGAACUCGUACGUGCGACUGCGGCACCUGUGCACAAACACAUGGGUCCACAGCACCAACAACCCCAUCGACAAAGAGGAAGAAAAACCGGUCAUGCUUCGGAUCGGCACGUCGGCUAUCAAAGAAGACAAGGAGGCCUUUGCUAUCGUGCCCGUCCCCCCCGCUGAGGUCAGAGACUUGGAUUUUGCCAAUGAUGCCAGUAAAGUGUUGGCGUCUAUCGCUGGUAAACUGGAGAAGGGCACAAUUACACAGAACGAAAGGAGGUUUGUGACCAAGCUUCUAGAGGAUUUGGUGUUCUUUGUAGUAGACAUCCCUAACAGUGGGCAAGAUGUGCUGGAGAUUAUGGUAAACAAGCCGAAUCGUGAACGCCAGAAACUUAUGCGGGAACAGAACAUUCUCAAACAGAUCUUUAAGCUCCUGCAGGCUCCGUUUACAGACAGUGGUGACGGGCCCAUGCUCCGUUUGGAGGAGCUUGGCGAUCAGAGACACGCCCCUUUUAGACACAUCUGUCGGCUAUGUUACAGAGUGCUCCGCCAUUCCCAGCAGGACUACAGGAAGAACCAGGAAUACAUUGCCAAACAAUUCCGGUUCAUGCAGAAGCAGAUCGGCUAUGACGUGCUGGCCGAGGACACCAUCACGGCGCUUCUACACAACAACCGCAAGCUGCUGGAGAAGCACAUCACCGCAGCUGAGAUUGACACCUUCGUCAGCCUUGUGAGAAAGAACCGUGAGCCUAGGUUUCUGGAUUACCUCUCUGAUCUGUGUGUGUCGAUGAACAAGUCCAUCCCAGUCACACAGGAGCUGAUUUGCAAUGCAGUGCUGGACCCUGCUAAUGCAGACAUCCUCAUAGAAACCAAACUCGUGUUGUCUCGGUUUGAGAUCGAUUCUCUGAAUGUUGGAGAGCCUCCUCUGGAGACGGAGGAAGAUGUGGAAGAGGUGUGGUUGUUUUGGAAAGACAGCGGGAAGGAAAUCCGCAGCAAGAGCAUUAGGGAGUUGGCACAGGAUGCCAAGGAAGGCCAGAAGGAAGACCAGGAGGUUGUCAGUUACUACAGGUACCAGCUAAACUUGUUCGCUCGCAUGUGCCUCGACCGCCAGUACUUGGCCAUCAACAAAAUCUCAGGUCAGCUGGAUGUGGACUUGAUCCUGCGCUGCAUGUCGGACGAGGACCUCCCGUACGACCUGCGUGCUUCCUUUUGCCGCCUCAUGCUGCACAUGCAUGUGGAUCGUGACCCCCAGGAGCCUGUUACACCUGUGAAAUACGCUCGCCUGUGGUCCGAGAUCCCCUCCAAGAUCGCCAUUGAUGAUUACGAUAAUGACGGCACUAGCAGAGAUGAAAUUAAGGAGCGUUUCGCUCUCACUAUGGAGUUUGUGGAGAAUUAUCUGAGAAUCGUGGUCUGUCAAAACAUUCCCUUUUCAGACAAGGAGAAAAACAAACUCACGUUCGAGGUCGUAAACCUGGCAAGGAACCUCAUCUACUUUGGCUUCUACAACUUCAGCGACCUUCUGCGGCUGACCAAGAUCCUGCUAGCCAUAUUAGACUGCGUGCAUGUCAGCACCAUUUAUCCCAUCAACAAAAUGGAGAAAGGCGACGAGAACAAAGCAGGUAGUAAUGUUAUGCGUUCUAUCCAUGGUGUUGGGGAACUGAUGACCCAGGUUGUGCUACGGGGGGGCGGAUUCUUGCCCUCUACCCCAACAACACCCCCUGACGGAGAGGUGGGCAAAACCCAGACCGAGCCUGAAAAGGAAGACAUUCUGGUAAUGGACACAAAGCUGAAAAUCAUCGAGAUCCUCCAGUUUAUCCUGAAUGUGCGCUUGGACUACAGGAUCUCCUGCCUGCUGUGCAUUUUUAAAAAAGAAUUUGACGGAAGCAAUGCUCAGACCGACACUCUGGCUAAUCCUAAUGCUAAUGGUAACACUAAUGCUAAUGCUACUACUACAGCUACCACUAAUGGGGAUGGUCCUAAUAGUAUACCAGCAUUAGAUUUUGAGAAAAUUGAAGAGCAGGCUGAGGGGAUUUUUGGUGCUAGCGACGAAAACACACCACUAGACCUAGAUGACCACGGAGGCAGAACGUUCCUGAGAGUUCUUCUGCACCUCACCAUGCAUGACUACCCUCCACUGGUGUCUGGGGCUUUACACCUACUUUUCAGACACUUCAGCCAGAGACAAGAAGUGCUCAUGGCUUUCAAACAGGUCCAGCUCCUAGUGACUAGUCAGGAUGUUGAUAACUACAAGCAGAUAAAGUCUGACCUAGACCAGCUGCGCUCCAUCGUGGAGAAGUCUGAGCUGUGGGUGUAUAAGCGCCAGGGGGACGAUGCGCUGGACGGAGGCGACGGUCCAGUUGAAUCCGACCUCAAAAAGAAGGGUGACUCAAGUGGCGUGGAGAAUAGUAAAACAGAAUGCACAAGCAGCUAUAAUUACAGGGUUGUCAAGGAGAUCCUGAUAAGGCUCAGCAAGUUGUGUGUUCACGAAGGAGCAUCGGGAAAGAAAAGUAAGAAACAGCAGCAGCGGCUGCUGAGGAACAUGGGAGCUCAUGCGGUGGUGCUUGAGCUACUUCAGAUCCCCUACGAGAAGGGUGAGGAUGUUAGAAUGCAGGAGAUCAUGAAGCUGGCUCAUGAGUUCCUCCAGAACUUCUGUGCUGGGAACCAACAGAAUCAAGCGCUGCUCCACAAGCACAUUAACCUCUUCCUCAAUCCAGGGAUUCUGGAGGCUGUCACCAUGCAGCACAUUUUCAUGAACAACUUCCAGCUAUGCAGUGAGAUCAAUGAUCGCGUGGUGCAGCACUUUGUGCACUGCAUCGAGACGCAUGGUCGCCAUGUCCAGUACCUCAAGUUCUUGCAGACCAUCGUCAAAGCCGAGAACAAGUUCAUCAAAAAGUGCCAGGAUAUUGUUAUGGCAGAGCUGGUGAACGCCGGAGAGGACGUGCUGGUGUUCUACAACGACAGAGCCUCGUUCCAGACACUGGUGCAGAUGAUGCGUUCAGAGCGAGACCGUAUGGACGAAAACAGCCCUCUUAUGUACCACAUCCACUUGGUCGAGCUGUUAGCUGUUUGCACCGAGGGCAAGAAUGUCUACACGGAGAUCAAGUGCAACUCGCUGCUGCCCCUGGACGACAUCGUCCGUGUCGUCACACAUGAGGACUGCAUCCCAGAGGUGAAGAUCGCAUAUAUCGACUUCCUAAACCACUGCUAUGUGGACACAGAAGUGGAGAUGAAGGAGAUCUACACAAGCAACCACAUGUGGAAGCUUUUUGAGAACUUUCUGGUUGAUAUAUGCAGGGUCUGCAACAACACGAGCGACCGCAAACAUGCUGACUCCAUGCUGGAGCGCUACGUCACCGAGACAGUCAUGAGUAUCGUCACCACUUUUUUCAGCUCCCCCUUUUCCGAUCAGAGCACUAGUUUACAGACCCGCCAGCCGGUCUUUGUGCAGCUGUUGCAGGGUGUUUUCAGGGUGUACCACUGUAGCUGGCUCAUGCCCACCCAGAAGGCAUCAGUGGAGAGCUGCAUCAAAGUCCUCUCUGACGUGGCCAAAAGUCGGGCGAUCGCCAUUCCGGUCGACCUGGACAGCCAGGUAAACAACCUGUUUGUAAAAUCUAACAACGUUGUACAGAAGACCAUCCUGAAUUGGAGGAUGUCUGCUCGGAACGCCUCCAGGCGAGACUCCACAGUCAGCGCGUCCAAAGACUACAGGAACAUUAUCGAGAGGCUGCAGGACAUUGUCUCUGCACUGGAGGACCGUUUAAGGCCCCUGGUGCAGGCUGAACUCUCAGUCCUGGUUGACGUCCUUCAUAGACCCGAGCUGCUCUUCCCCGAGAACACGGAGGCCCGGAAGAAGUGUGAGAGUGGAGGUUUCAUCUCUAAGUUAAUAAAACACACCAAGCAGCUGUUGGAGGAAAAUGAGGAGCGUUUGUGCAUUAAGGUUCUCCAAACUCUCAGGGAAAUGAUGACCAAAGACCGGGGUUAUGGAGAGAAGCUGAUUGCCUUUGACGAUGAGCUGGAUGUGGCUGAGCUGGUUCCCCCUCCGGAGCCAGAGAACUUUGCCGAGGACCUUGAUCCCAAUCAGCCCCAGAAGCAGUUGGAGGAUCAGAGACGGGGUGAAGCUUUAAGGCAAAUCCUUGUGAAUCGUUACUAUGGCAACUUUAAACCAGGAGGACGGAGGGACAGCCUGACCACUUUCAGCAAUGGACCCGUUGGCCCUGGGGCACAGAGUAAACCUCCCCCAGCGUCUUCUGGAUGUUCGGUGGGAGCCCGAGGCGAGCUGAGCCUGGCUGAGGUUCAGUGCCACCUGGACAGAGAGGGAGCGUCUGACCUGGUCAUCGACCUUAUCAUGAACGCCACCAGCGAUCGCAUCUUUCAGGAGAGCAUCCUGUUAGCCAUUGCCCUGCUCGAGGGAGGAAACCCUGUCAUACAGAGGUCGUUCUUUAUCAGGCUGACGAGGGACAACAAGUCGGAGAAGUUUUUUAAGGUGUUUUAUGAGCGGAUGAAGCUGGCACAGCAGGAGAUCAAAGCCACCGUGACGGUAAACACCAGCGAUUUGGGCAGCAAGCGCAAAGACGAGGACGCGAAUGACAAGGAGGCACCCAGCAAAAAGAAAGUAAAUGUCGCUGUGGUCACCGAAGAGGUACGCGAGCAGCUUCUGGAAGCUUCCACGGCCACAAAGAAGGCUUUCACCGCGUACCGACGGGAGGUAGACUCGGACGAACAUCUGGGUGGGGGCGAAGUCCAAACCAGCUCGGCAGAGAAGAAUCAGGACGAGAACGAGAUGAGUGUCACCAUCACCAUCAUGCAGCCCAUCCUGCGACUCAUGCAGCUGCUCUGCGAGAACCACAACCGCGAGCUGCAGAACUUCCUGCGCUGUCAGAACAACAAGAACAAUUACAACCUGGUGUGCGAGACGCUGCAGUUCCUUGACUGCAUCUGUGGCAGCACCACAGGAGGCCUGGGUCUGCUGGGGCUCUACAUUAAUGAGAAGAAUGUGGCUCUCAUCAACCAAACCGUGGAGAGCCUCACCGAGUACUGCCAGGGCCCCUGCCACGAGAACCAGAACUGCAUCGCAACUCAUGAGUGCAAUGGCAUUGACAUCAUUAUCGCACUUAUUUUAAACGACAUCAACCCUCUGGGCAAGAAGAGGAUGGACCUUGUGCUAGAACUGAAGAAUAACGCCUCCAAGUUGCUUCUGGCCAUCAUGGAGAGCCGUCACGACAGCGAGAACGCAGAGCGGAUCUUGUACAAUAUGAGGCCUAAAGAACUGGUGGAGGUGAUAAAGAAGGCGUACAUGCAAGGAGAGGUGGAAGUAGAGCACACCGAGGAGGACGGGGAGGGCGAGGAAGAGCACGCCGCCUCCCCGCGCAACGUCGGACACAACAUUUACAUCCUGGCCCAUCAGUUGGCCAGACAUAACAAGGAGCUUCAGGCCAUGCUGAAAGCAGGAGGAACGUACGGUGAGGGUGACGAAGCUCUGGAGUUUUAUGCCAAACACACCGCUCAAAUAGAGAUCGUGCGCCUGGACCGCACCAUGGAGCAGAUAGUCUUCCCCGUGCCCAACAUCUGCGAGUUCCUCACGCAGGAGUCUAAGCUGCGCGUGUACUACACAACAGAGCGCGACGAACAGGGCAGCAAAAUCAACGACUUCUUCCUGCGCUCUGAGGACCUCUUCAAUGAGAUGAACUGGCAGAAGAAACUGCGAGGUACUCAAGAGACCUCUGGUAGCGCAGACUCCGUGCCCUCUCAGCCAAUUCUCUACUGGUGCUCAAGAAACAUGUCUUUCUGGAGCAGCAUCUCCUUCAACCUAGCCGUCCUCAUGAACCUGCUCGUGGCCUUCUUUUACCCACUGGAGGGGGUCCGCGGAGGAACUCUCGAGCCUCAUCUCUCGGCGUUGUUGUGGGCGGCCAUGUUGGUUUCUCUGGCCAUUGUGAUUGUGCUGCCUCAGCCUCACGGGAUUCGAGCUCUGAUCGCGUCCACCAUCCUGCGACUCAUCUUCUCUGUGGGCCUUGAACCCACGCUCUUCCUGCUCGGAGCGUUCAACGUGUGCAAUAAGGUGAUCUUCCUGAUGAGUUUUGUGGGAAAUCGGGGGACGUUCACACGGGGUUAUAAAGCCAUGAUCCUGGACGUGGAGUUCCUGUACCAUCUCCUCUACCUCAUUAUCUGCAUCAUGGGUGUCUUCGUUCAUGUCUUCUUCUACAGCCUGUUGCUUUUCGAUCUGAUCUACCGGGAGGAAACUUUGCUGAACGUGAUCAAGAGUGUGACGAGGAACGGGCGCUCGAUCGUGCUCACCGCCGUGCUCGCCCUUAUCCUCGUCUAUCUGUUCUCCAUCGUGGGAUACAUCAUCUUCAAGGACGACUUCAUUCUGAAUGUGGACCGAAUUCCGAACAAAACUCUUGGUACGGACGGCAAGGACAAAAUAGAUGCUUACAUUAGAGUUACCGAACAAACCGCCACUGUGACGAGCGAGUUCCUGUCAGGUGGGGUGUGUCAAAAAGAAGGUAGUGGACCGAACUGUUCAGCGGAGGCCACGGUGGAAUCUGUGGCAGCAGUGGUGAUCGAGGAUAAAGAGCGAACGUGUGACUCUUUGCUCAUGUGCAUUGUGACCGUACUCAGCCAUGGCCUCCGGAGCGGCGGCGGAGUCGGAGACGUGUUACGAAAACCUUCUAAAGAGGAGCCUUUGUUUGCAGCCAGAGUGAUCUACGACCUGCUCUUCUUCUUCAUGGUCAUCAUCAUCGUCCUAAACCUGAUCUUCGGUGUCAUUAUCGACACCUUUGCCGAUCUAAGAAGUGAAAAGCAGAAGAAAGAGGAGGUCCUCAAGACCACCUGUUUCAUCUGUGGCUUGGAGAGGGACAAGUUCGACAACAAAACUGUGACAUUCGAGGAGCACAUCAAGGUCGAGCACAACAUGUGGCACUAUCUGUUCUUUAUUGUGCUUAUUAAAGUGAAGGACUCAACCGAGUACACAGGACCCGAGAGCUACGUAGCUGAGAUGAUCAGGGAGCACAACCUGGACUGGUUUCCUCGGAUGCGGGCGAUGUCGCUGGUGAGCAGUGAUGCGGAGGGCGAGCAGAACGAGAUCAGGAACCUGCAGGAGAAACUAGAGUCCACAAUGAAACUGGUCUCCAACCUGUCCGGUCAGCUCACGGAACUGAAAGAGCAGAUGACUGAACAGCGUAAGCAGAAGCAGAGGAUUGGACUCCUCGGACAUCCCCAACAUAUGAAUGUGAACCCUCAGCAGCCUGCCUGAGUUCCUGUGUGUGUGUGUGUGUGUGUGUGUGAGGAUCAGUUUCAGCAAAGGCCAUGAACUGCAACGCUACACAUCUGCCCUUAGAAGUAGACCUGCAAAACUCUCAGACUUGCACACACUCGACUAAUCUAAAUGAGGAGAAAAAAAAUGUUAAAAACGUAUAAACAUAAAA